CUCCGGUCUACAAACGCUCGGAUGGAGAGCAGCUUCAGCUGCGAGCUCUAAACUUCAGCGGGCACUGCUGUGUCUCUAAGGUUCUUUAAAGUGUCAGGGGUGGAAAGAAAAAACUCCCUGCCUCCUCCCCUCUGCUAGCCCAUCUUUCCUGUGGAGGAAGAGGGGCAGUCGGUGUGUGCUGCAGUGGAGGAGAGGUGGUUCACAGCAGUGCAGGGGCUCUCAAAGCUCACAAAUCUCAUCUAUUUCUCAUCUAUUCAAAUUAAGAGGACUACAUCCUGAGCGCAUCCGUGGAGGCCGUUUGGAUAUUUGAGCGGCCGUCAUACGGUAAAAGUCUGCAGACAUGUCGCCUUUCCUGCGGAUCGGAUUCUCCCACUUUGAGAUUGAUCCGGGUCUGGCUUACCAUGAGGAGGUGCUGAACCCAUACUGUGCUGUUUAUAUGAAGGAGGCCGUUGACACAGAGAAGGGUCAAGUGUACAAGCAGAAGAAGCCCACCAUGUAUCCGCCCUGGAGCACCACGUUCGAUGCCCACGUCCACCGCGGGCGCAUCAUGCACGUGAUGGUAAAAGACCGGACAGCCGAGCUCAAGUCUGAGGCCACGGUAGCUCUGGACUCGCUGGCAACGCGGUGCAAAAAGGAGAACGGCAAGCUAGAGAUUUGGAGAGAGCAAGAGAUCACUUCCUGGACAGACUCGGUUUUGGAGCUGAAGCCGCAGGGACGCAUGCUGAUGGAGGCUAGAUAUUAUCUGGAGAAAAGUGAUGCUGUGGGUCACACGGACGGAGACCCGGAGUCCGAGCGUGAGAGAGAGGGUCUGUUCACUCUCCAUCAGCGACGCGGCGCCAUAAAGCAGGCCAAAGUUCACGUGGUCAAGUGUCACGAGUUCAGCGCGACGUUCUUUCCUCAGCCAACUUUCUGCUCCGUCUGCAAAGAGUUUGUUUGGGGUCUUAACAAGCAGGGUUACCAGUGCAGACAGUGCAAUGCAGCAAUCCACAAAAAAUGCAUAGACAAAGUUAUCGCCAAAUGCACUGGUUCAGCCAUAAACAGCAAGGAAACAAUGAUCCACAAGGAGCGCUUCAAGAUCGACAUGCCUCACAGGUUUAAAGUCUACAACUACAAAAGUCCCACCUUCUGUGAGCACUGCGGGACUCUGCUGUGGGGACUCGCCAAGCAGGGGCUCAAAUGUGAGGAAUGCAGCAUGAACGUCCACCAUAAAUGCCAAAAGAAAGUGGCUAACCUCUGCGGGGUCAACCAGAAACUGAUGGCUGAAGCUCUGGCAGUCAUUGAGAGCAAGCAGCAGGCGAGAAGCACCAGAGACAGUGACAUUAUUGGUCGGGAAGGUCCAGUAAGUGUUGCCCAGCCGGGAGUGGUGCGAGCUCCAUCCGGGCUAGUUACGGGUUUACCAGCCACAGCUACACCUGCAAGUAAAGCAGAUUAUCAGGGUGUUUCAUGGGAGGGACCAGGAGAUGUCAGCAGGUCGGUCAGCGAGGUGCUGCCAGAAGAGCCUCUGUACGCUGUUCCGAGGAAAGAUCACCAACCCAAAUUUACCAUCAACGACUUCACACUGCACAAGAUGCUCGGGAAAGGCAGCUUUGGCAAGGUGUUUCUAGCAGAGCUGAAAAGGAGCGGGGAGUUUUUUGCAGUGAAGGCUCUGAAGAAAGACGUGGUGCUGAUGGAUGAUGAUGUUGAGUGCACCAUGGUAGAGAGGAGGGUUUUGUCUCUAGCCUGGGAAAAUCCCUUCCUUACACAUCUUUACUGCACCUUCCAAACUAAGGAAAACCUGUUCUUCGUCAUGGAGUAUCUGAAUGGAGGGGAUCUUAUGUUCCACAUCCAAAACUGCCACAAGUUUGACUUGCACAGAGCCACCUUCUAUGCAGCUGAGAUCAUCUGUGGGCUCCAGUUUCUGCACUCUAAAGGAAUUAUUUACAGAGAUCUGAAACUGGACAACGUGCUGCUGGACUCAGAUGGUCAUAUAAAGAUAGCAGACUUUGGCAUGUGUAAGGAGAACAUGCAGGAUGAUGUACGGACCUCCACCUUCUGCGGGACCCCAGACUACAUCGCCCCAGAGAUCCUGCUGGGUCAGAAGUACAACAGCUCUGUGGACUGGUGGUCAUUCGGAGUGCUGCUGUACGAGAUGCUGAUCGGUCAGUCUCCGUUCCACGGCCGUGAUGAAGAGGAGCUGUUUCAGUCCAUACGGACAGACACCCCCAUUUAUCCCAACUGGCUCAGCAAAGCUGCCAAGGACAUACUCAUCAAGCUGUUUGUGAGGGAACCUGAGGAGCGGCUGGGAAUCAAAGGAAACAUCAGACAGCACAGUUUCUUCAGCAGCACAGACUGGAACGCCUUAGAGCAACGGCAGGUGCCGGCGCCCUUCACACCAACUAUAACCUCACCCAGCGACUGCAGUAAUUUCGAUAAAGAGUUCAUCAAUGAGAAGCCCAGACUAUCGUGUGCUGACCGCACGCUCAUCAACAGCGUAGACCAGACGAUGUUCAGAAACUUCUCCUUCGUUAAUCCUGGCAUGGUUCGGAUCGCAGCACGUUGACCACCGGACAAAAAAUAGCUAGAAUCUACAAACACGCUGCUCAGUCACAACCAGCAGUUACUGUAACUGGAACCUACUGUAGAACCUGAAUGUGGCAAAACUCACAUACAUGAAGAUGCUAAGUAAAGGGGUAUUCCUGGGUGUAAACUGAUACAACCAAACUGUGACCGGAUCUUUAACUUUCACACAAAUACCUUUAAAAUGUACCUGUAGUCAACUUUGAUACGUCAGAGUUUAGUUGACUAAAGGCAUACAUUUUCUUACAGUGUUAUUCUGACAGCAUGCAGUUGGUUUGGUUUUAUUUUGUCAUGAAACUAUUCACACAUUGCACACUUGUGCAAACGUGCAAAUAUUUUUUUUUUUAAAAAUAAAAAAGAAAGAGAGAAAGUGUGCAUCUUCAUGUCUCGAGGCCUGUACUGUGACGCUGGAUUUGGGACUUAGGUAGGUAACUUCAGGCUUACGUCUAGUUUAUAUGAAGUCAGGAAGCCAGUUCUCAUCUUACCAAAGCCAGAUGAUACAGACCUAGCCUGCUCCAGAGCACGUUACAUUUGGGACUCAUCACUUCCUGAAAAAAAGCACCACUAUUUCUGGAAGAGCCCUCCAACUAAUUAUUUUUACUCAUAGCUCUUGUCUUUCCACGACGAGCAUCAAUAAGAAAAUCAGAUCUUGAGGAACAAUUUCAUUCCUGAUUUUUUCUGUCUAGCAAUUUUACAGGGCACUAAAUCCUUGUACUUACCGGCAGCUAAAGCUCGCUGAGGGAAAAAUAUGUAAUCUCCAACCAACUGAGGAGGGGCUGCUUUGUGAAUUUGGUUGCAAAGGUGUUGGAUCAGAAAUCUCACUCUCGGAUGAAGUUCUUUGUUCAUCCGUAGUUUGCACUGAAGAUGCUAAAUUGUCUGCAAAUGCUCAAUGAGGGACGUUGCACCUUAAACGUGUAACUUUUACUUUGAAGCAGAACAGCUUAUAUCACCCUUUUCACAGAGUUUGUAGGCAAGUUGGCGUCCUUCAUGCAAACUGGCCACAGUAACCAUAGUAAUCACAAGGUUUUAAAUGCAGCACCCUAUACACCUCAUUGCAACCACUUUCACCUAACAGCCAGCAACUUCCAGCAAACCAUCGCCAACUGGUCAGAGAAUACAUUUUUACCGAGUGGCCUGUGGUUGCCGUGGGUGAUGCUGACUGAUCUCUAAGCCUGCCUGACUGAGGCCUAAUUAAUUCAGUCCUUAGGCCAGUAAACUGGGUUUACAGUCACUUGAAGGUUCAUAAAGUCCAGUCGGAUAUUUAUGUGCCAUUGUGAUUUUUUUAAAUCUGAAAAAUAUGUCCUACCGUGAAUCAUCUUCUACAAUUUUUGAUAGUUUCUUUUUUUUUUGCAAAAUCAAAUGGUAAGGAUGAAAGUUGUAUGGAAAUAUGUUUUUUUUUUAAAAAACAAAAACAUUAUAGGCUUAAUUUAUUGUAAUUUUCAUCUUUUAAUUACUGCACGGUGAUGUUUUGCCAACAAACCUAGUGCAGCAAGAUUAACGUCUUUUUGCACACAAAUUAAUUCAUAAUUAAUUACAUUAGAACAUUAUAAUGCAUCUGUUGUUGGUAACGGAAACAGGGUAGAUAGUAAUAAUCACAAGUAGAGCCUUUAACUCUCCAGACUUUUCCUUAAUAAAACAUGGCGUUUUGCUGCUGGUAUAAUGAUCUUUUCAACUUUUUCAAAGUGGUAGAUCUGUCCACAUGUGUCAUUGGUCAUAUGCUGUCCUGUGAAGAUGCUAAUAGCUACAGUGGGAAACCCUGAGUGGGCUUAUCCAGUUUAUAAUUACCUUCGAUUGCAGUGUUAUUGUAAAUGAAGGCAGAUACAGUAAGCUGAAGUUAUUCGGUAGUACAGGCCUCCUACUUAAUGGGCUGUGUGUUUAAAUAGAAAAUGUGCUUGUAGUGAUUUUAUGGUGCCUCAGAAUAUUUUAAUGAAGUUAACGUCUUCAAGUAAAACAAACUGAGAAAGUUGAUUUAACCAAAUGGAAACUUAGUUUUCUUGUCCUGUUCCUGUUUAUUUUUUAUUUUAUCGCCUGUUUUUUUUCUUAUGUAAAUAAAUGAUACAAUUCAUCUGAUAUGCUGUGUUGUUACUUGGUUGUAGAUCUGUUAAUGUACUGAAGUUUAAUAACUGGGUUAUUGUUUACAUGUGUUUUCCUGUUGUAUCUCAGGAGUUUUGUUGUUUUAAUGAUGAGCUACUCCCUGCAUACUGUAGUUUUGAUGUUCUCCUCAUUGUGAAUUCUGUACAUUAAAGUGUGCACAUU